AUGCCGCCCAAAUCGACUCCGAGCUCUACGAAAGAGGCAAGAUUACAGAGGAGCUGGAUCCCACGAAACGAGUGCCAUGGACCAACCUUUCCCCUGCGUCCCUUGAGAGAAGCGAAUGUGCGGAAGCCAUAUCGGCUUGCGAUACUGCUCCAACUUUACUUGACCCCAAUUUCAGAAGACUACGAGGCCAUCAAGCAGAAUAACGUUGUGCGGCGAGCUAAGUGUAUCUUUUCUUCGAUCGAUAUAAUGACCUGGCGACUGUGGCUGCUGCAAAUCUUGCUGCUUGGGAAACAGAGAAUGCACUGA